AUACACUAUUUAUUGAAUUGAAACUACCAGGAAUCCUUACAUUAUUUGAAGUUCUAUAUUUUUCAUGGUUAAUUUCUUUUUCUUUUGUUUUUAUUUCUUCAUGGGGGUAUUUUUUUGGUCCUUGAAAGGUGUGUAUGCUUGGAAUUUUUGACCUUCAAAGUGGGGCAAAAAAGAAAUAUUGAGAAUUUUUUAACUAGCAUGUAGCAACGAAAACGAUAUUGGGUAAAAUUGAUUAAAUUUAGUCCUACUAUAUAUUAAUGGGAAAUUCCCGUUUAUUCUUUUUAAUAAUGGAUGCAAAAAGAUAGUAGCAUUUAGUGAUUCAUGAAAGAGACUCAAACUUUAAAGGAAAAUGAAAAAGUGGGUGCCUGGAGAUUCUAUGGCGGGUGUUUCUUAUAAUACUUUAAUCUGAGCGGGACAUUUGGGAGAGAUGGAAGAGCUUGGUCGGCUAAAACGAGCACUGAUAGACACGUCUGCUGGUGCAAUCUCUGGCGCUAUUUCUCGUACUGUUACAUCGCCUUUGGAUGUAAUUAAGAUCAGGUUUCAGGUCCAAUUGGAACCGACUACUUCAUGGGCUUUGGUUCACAGAAACAUGUAUGGGUCGUCGAAGUACACUGGAAUGUUACAAGCAACUAAGGACAUUUUAAGAGAAGAAGGUUUACCGGGUUUUUGGCGUGGUAAUGUCCCAGCUCUCUUAAUGGUUAUGCCUUAUGCGUCCAUACAAUUCACAGUCUUGCACAAGUUAAAGACAUAUAUGUCUGGAUCUUCCAGGACAGAAGAUCACAUUCAUUUGAGCCCUUACUUGUCUUAUAUUAGUGGGUCAAUUGCUGGAUGUGCUGCCACUGUCGGAACAUAUCCAUUUGAUCUUAUACGGACCAUAUUGGCCUCACAGGGUGAACCAAAGGUAUACCCCAACAUGAGAUCUGCAGUUGGUGGUGUUUUAAAUACACGUGGCUUGUGGGGGCUGUAUGCUGGCUUGUCACCUACACUAGUUCAAAUUAUACCGUAUGCUGGCCUUCAGUUUGGCACUUAUGAUACAUUCAAGCGUUGGGCUAUGGCCUUGAACAGAAUGGGAGGAAAAUCCAGUAGUGACAUUAACCCUACAAGCUUCCAGCUUUUCCUCUGUGGAUUAGCAGCUGGUACAUGUGCGAAGCUUGUCUGCCAUCCAAUGGAUGUCAUCAAGAAGAGAUUCCAGAUUGAAGGAUUGCAAAGGGACAUGCGAUAUGGAGCUAGAGUGGAAGAAGGUGCUUACAAGAACAUGUAUGAUGCCCUCUUACGAAUCUUGCAAACGGAGGGCUGGGGUGGUCUCUAUAAAGGCAUUGUUCCUUCCGUUGUAAAGGCAGCACCUGCCGGUGCUGUUACUUUUGUAGCCUAUGAAUUUACAUCCAAGUGGUUAGAGUCGCUUUGACAGGAAGCUGAUUAUUACUUUCUGGUUAUUUUUCGUCUCGGUUUAUUAUUCUUUUCUCUUUCAAUAUUUUUGUUUUUGCAAUUUAUACCUGCAGACCCUGAAAAAGAACAAAAGGGUUUACUCAUUCUUUUAUCAUAGACAAUAAGUCGAGACAUGCAUAUCUUACGAUAGUGUCAAAUUUAAGAUGGUUUCGUUUCUAUAUAUUCAAAGUAUGUGUCCUGAUAACUUAUGCGUAUGCGCGCUGAAGCCAUCUAGAACCACCAUAUGGGAUGGUUAGGAUAAUAGUGUCAAUUUUUGAUGUGUAUUGAGUAGUGAUUAGUAGGAAGGUAGAGUACAAUAAUGAAGGAAUGGAGUAUUUUGAGGACUGCUCAUGUACUUAUUAAAUAUUGAUCUUGUAGAAUAUUCAUCAAUUUAAGUGUAAGAAAUCUAUUCUUUCUUUAUCUAUGUGUGAUCAAAGUUUAUCAGUUUGAUGCUUUACCUUGUUAUUCAAUUUGAUAAAGUCUAGAGGGCCCAUCUAGGUCUAGGCCUGUUUGGUUCAUCUAUAGAAAAUUUGAAUAAAAUAAGAUUAUUUAACAACUUAAUUCCAAAAAUAAGCUUCGUGAAAACUUAAUUUCCAAAAUAAGCGUUUGUACAUUUAAAUUUAGCCUUGGAGUAAAUCGCUAUUACUAACAGCGAAAGAC